AUGCACCUCCUAUCUGGUCCACUAGCCUUGGCCGCUGUGAGCUUGGCUACACUCUCUUCUACUUCUCCAGUCAGCCCUUUCUCCCGCCCUCGGCAAGCUGAAACCCAAUCAUUCUUCCGACGCCAGGUGAACAACAAUGCUUCGACGCCAUGUGGUGCUGUCGCAUCUGCCAUCUUUGCUACACCAACUACGGCACCUAUUGUACCUGCUAAAUUGGCUCACGAUUGCCUUAAUUCUGUCCCGCUAAACAAGUCUUCAGCCUUGGCUCUCAUCGAAGGAAUCCGCCCAUAUAUCGAUUGGCAGAGCACGUUAUCUUACCUCAAAGAUCCCCCGGCAGAAUACCUUGAGAAAGUCCAGGAUGCUGUUGAUGUUGUCGGUGGUUUAGUUGAUCUCGCAGAAAAGGUCAAUGAUAACAAGUACAAAUCCGAAUACGAAUUCGGUGUUGACCUAUACACCCUAUUUCAGUCAACCCACGAUGGCCACUUCGUGUAUAUCCCUGAUAUAGUAGGCGGUAUCUUCGCAUGGGCACGUCCAGCCGUUCUAGUCUCAGUCUCUGAUGACGGCCAUCAGUUGCCUAGUGUUUAUGGCUACCAAGACAUCGUCGCUCUUCACUUCGGCAACAAUACCUACACCCCAUCGGCUGUUACGAAGAUCGACGACACGGACGUAGAAGAGUGGAUAGAAGAAUUCAGCCAGUCGGGCUCCUUGCAGGACCGAGAUGCUCUGUAUAACAAUGUUUUUCGAAACUUGGCUCAGGUCUCUCUUGGCGGUCUAGGAACUGGCAAUGGUGCAUUCUCAGGCAGUGGACGUGGUCGCUUCGUCUACCCAGGUGCUACAACAAAGCUCACAUUCGCAAAUGGUAGUGAGACUACUUUCGUCAACCAGGCUCGCGUGAUAGCUAGAACCUGGGAUGGAAUCACCACUGGCGAACAACUUGCUAAGAGAUUCAUUUACUAUGGCUCAACAUCAGCAUCAAGUAUGAGCGUUGGAACUACCGUCGCCCCUACCGCAUCGAAAAGACAAGCGGCACCGAUACAGCCCGCUUUCCCUGGAUAUCCUUCUGCCAUUGUGGAGGCAUCCUAUGUGAUCAGUGGAUACUACCUUGAAGGCGAGGGGUUUGAGGACGUUGCUGUGUUACGUGUCCCUUCCUUUGUCAGCACAGGCUCACUAGAGAUUCCUUUCCAGAACGCUGGGGACGUUUUUCUGAAGAAAGCAAACGCAGAUGGCAAGAAAAAGCUCAUUAUUGAUCUUCAGGCAAACGGCGGUGGUACCAUUCUUCAAGGCUAUGAUCUCUUCAAGAAGCUUUUUCCUUCCAUUCUCCCAUACGGUGCCAAUAGGUUUCGAGCCAACGAUGCCCUCAAUCAGAUUGGCCAGGCGUAUAGCAUGUUCGCUGAGGGUAUACCGCGUACCUACAACACUAAUUACACCGUCCUGGACAUCGUAUCAUCAUACUUCAAUUACAGGUCUGACGCAGACGAGAAUUACGAACCAUGGCAAUCUUGGGAAGACAAGUUUGGACCGAACGAAGUCGACGGUGACAAGUACACCAGUCUCAAUCGAUGGAAUCUUAGCGAUCCUCUGACUCCAUACAAUAGCGGCGGUAUAAACAUCACGGGAUACAAUAAUCGUGCCAACUUGACCCAGCAAUACUUCGAAGCUGAUAAUAUCAUCAUGGUGACGGACGGCUACUGUGCCUCAACAUGCACCAUAUUCUCCGAAAUGAUGAAACAACAAGCUGGUGUGAAGAUCAUCGCACUAGGUGGAAGAGCGAAUACGAACCCAAUUCAAGCCGUUGGAGGUGUCAAGGGAACCAACAACUUCCCAUUCGGUUAUAUUCAACAGGCCGUGAGCGAUGCGAAGGCUUUGAAUCCAAAAGAAGUUGAAAUUGAGGGGUAUGCCAGUAUGAUACCCUACAACCGCGCAGCAGGUAGCCCAGGUCUGAACGUUCGAGAUGGCAUCCGUGAGGGCGAUGAGAACCAGAUUCCACUACAAUUCGUUUACGAACCUGCCGACUGUCGCAUCUUCUAUACGCCCGAAAUGACAAUUGACAUCACUUAUAUCUGGAAGGCUGUUGCAGAUUCGGUGUGGAACGAUAAUAGUAGAUGUAUUGCUGUUGAGACCGAACCGGUUCCAUACGAGAAGACCUUCGGCAAGCGUGAAGCCAGCAAAAGCCUCUCACCACGCAAGUCCCUUCGUCCACGCGAUGGAGUCUCUCGCGAUCAACUUCUCGAGAGUAUGGAGGUCCAUACCGACGUUCAUGGUAUGGACUUUGAUAUCAGUGGUUUCAUGAUGCCCUGA